CCAUAAACAUUCUUUUUAUAAAAUUGAAGAAGACAAGAUGAAUCAACAGAAAUAUCGACAAUCAAUCAUCAAUGUCUCCUCUCACCCCAUCCACAAACACCUCAAUCAAUUCACGACCUUCUUCAACAAUCCGCAUCGCCAUUUCUAGAUAGAGAAUCACACCAUUGUCGAAGCUGAAUUGGCGAUUCAUUCCCCCUCACAAUGGGCGCGGAGCCUGCGCAUUCCGUUCAGAAACGGAGCUCCACCAUUCUCCCCCAAUCCGCCGCCGCCGCCCGGAACCGCCUCCCUCCGAAGGGGCGGAGCGCCGAUCGAGCAUUCAACAACGUCAAAAUCACAAUCCUCUGCGGACUCGUCACCAUCCUCGUCCUCCGCGGCACAAUCGGCCUCAGCAACCUCGCCUCCUCCGACACCAACACCGACGCCGAGCGCCGAUACCUAAACGAAGAAACCGAGCGAAUCGUCGCCGCCAUCCGCUCCGACGACGAUUUAACCGAUUCGGACGACUACGCGUCCCGAAUUUCCCCCAAUUCCAGCUUGAAUUCCGUUUUAGGCCCUAGAAUCACGAAUUGGGAUGAGGACAAGAAGCUCUGGCGCCGCCGGAACCCUAAUUUCCCUCACUCCGUCGACGGCCGCCCCACAACCUACCUCGCCACUGCCUCGCCGCCGCGCCCGUGCGAGAGCGCCGCCGCCGACCACUACCUCCUCAAGUUUUUAAAAAACAAGGUCGACUACUGCCGGAUCCACGGCAUCGAGCUCGUCUACAACGCGGCGGAAUUGGACGGCGAAAUGUCCGGCGGCGGCGGCUGGGCGAAGCUGCCGCUUAUCCGUCGCCUCAUGGUGGCGCACCCCGAGGCCGAGUGGAUAUGGUGGAUGGACAACGACGCCCUGUUUACGGACAUGGUAUUCGAGAUACCUUUCCACCGGUACCGAGCCGCGAAUCUCGUGAUACACGGCUACCCAGACAUACUCUUUAAUGAAAAGUCGUGGAUAGCCUUAAACACUGGCAGUUUCUUAAUAAGAAACUGCCAAUGGUCUCUGGACUUACUAGACGCCUGGGCCCAAAUGGGGCCCAGGGGGCCGCCACGUGAGGAGGCUGGGAGAAUCCUGACUAGUUUCCUCAAGGGGCGGCCGGACUUCGAGGCGGACGACCAGUCCGCCCUGAUAUACCUGCUCGUCUCGCAGAGGGAGCGGUGGAUGGAGAAGGUGUCGGUCGAGAGUUCGUACUUCCUCCACGGGUUCUGGGAGGGGUUGGUGGACCGGUACGAGGAGAUGGCGGAGAAGUACCAGGCGGGGUACGGGGACGAGAGGUGGCCGUUCGUGACGCAUUUUGUCGGGUGCCAGACGUGCGCGGGGAACGGGGAUUACCCGGCGGAGAGGUGCUUGAGGAGCAUGGAGAGGGCUUUUAACUUUGCGGAUAAUCAAGUGUUGAAUGAGCUUGGUUUUAGGCACCGGGGAUUGGUGAGCCCUAAUGUUAAGAGGAUUAGGAAUGAGAGCGUUACACAAUUAGUGGGCGAUGUAGAUAGAUUUGGAAUUCGAAAUUCUUUGAGUGGGAAAAGAGGUUGACUAAUUUACCUACCAUUUUCGAACAAGAAUUGGUUCUCUUGUUAUAGUUUGCAGUGCAAAUGUGUAUUUUUAUUUCCAAAUGGAGGGUGUGUUUAUGUUCGAAAC